AAAGCCAUGUGAACCUACAGGAUUUACUUGACAAUCAACCAGUGGGAUCUUAUCUCCACUGUCCUGAUAUAUAAACACCAGCACAUCUGGGGCAAUUCCGGAGUAUUCAACCGAAACACAAAAUGCCCACUGUGAUCCUCGGCGGGGGCAUAAUCGGCGCCUCAAUCGCCUACUAUCUCUCUGAGCAACAACCCGGCCAAGAAAUCCACAUUAUAGAAUCCUCUUCAACGCUCUUCAGCUCGGCAUCCGGCUAUGCAGCAGGAUUCCUAGCGAAGGAUUGGUUCGAGCCGGCUCUUCUCCCGCUCGGCGAAUACUCGUUCGCCGAACAUGAGGCCCUGUCGGCGAAGUACGGCGGCGACAAAAAAUGGGGGUUUAUGAAGGGAACGGCACUGAGUCUCGGAUCUACGGAUGCGAGUUUGGGCGGUGCUCGUGGUGAUGACUGGUUACGUACUGGGACGAGUCGUGCAGAGACGGCGACGAGCCAACCUGUUCUGGCUGAAGGGCCGGAGUGGCUAACCAAGCAGAAGGGGACUGUUGUUGAGAGGAUCAGUGAAGGGGAUAGCGUUGCUCAGUUGGACCCCGUCCGUCUGUCGCAUUUCCUGCUGGACAAGAGUCUCCUUCGAGGCGUGAAACUCCACCACCCAAGCAAAGCUACGUCCCUUAUAACGGACUCAACCGGCACAAUAACAGCCGUGAAGAUACUCAACCUUGAUACAAACACCGAAUCAGCAAUCAAAUGCACAAAUCUUAUCCUCGCCGCAGGUGCCUGGACCCAACGGGUCUUCCAGUCUCUCUUUCCAGCAUCAAACACGACAUUCCCAAUAUACCCACUGGCAGGAUACUCCCUCCUCGUCCGCUCACCCCGGUACACACCCGCACAUGAGUGUAAGGAAAACAACCAUAGCUACUCAGUAUUCACAACCCACCCGCCGUCCUGUGGCUUCAGCCCAGAGAUAUUCUCCCGCCAGGGAAGCGAGAUCUACAUUGCAGGUCUAAACAGCCGGGAAAUCCCCGUCCAAGAGGGCGUCGAGGAUAUAAAGUCCUUUUUCGAGCCGAGCGAAGUCGAGAAAUUAAAAGCCGUCGCAGUCCGACUUAUGGGCAGGUUACCGGACAGAGCAACCGAGUCAACGGAUGAAACGCCCAAUGUGGAUGACCUCGAGAUCCUCCGUGAGGGACUGUGCUUCAGACCUGUUGCGGAACGCGGCGUGCCGUUUGUCGGGAGGGUGGAUGAUGGUGCUCUUGGUGGGUUGAAGACGACCAAGAACGGAGGUGUUUUUGUAGCCGCGGGUCAUGGGCCCUGGGGGAUCACGCUUGCUCCGGGGACUGGGAGAGUUGUGGCGGAUUUGGUUCGGGGUGUGAAGCCGGCUGUUGAUAUUGCUGGGUUGGGCGUUUGGUCGAAGGCGAAAGCGAAGCUGUAGAUGCGGGCAUUUACAGCUAUCAUGGAUAUUCUUAUUAAACCUGAUCUGAUAGCCAACUAGUAUUUGUUAAUGAUAUCAUUC